AUGGAUUCUUCUGUUGCACAAAUGAGUUGUGUUCUGAAAGUAAGCAUCAAUUGUGAAGCAUGCAGGAAAAAGAUCUAUGAAGUCUUGCAGAAUAUUUAUGGUGUGUAUAAAAUUAACAUAGAUGCAGAGGGAGGAACGGUAAAAGUUUCAGGGAAAGUAAAUCCAAGUACACUUCUAAUGGUGUUGGAAGGGUCAGGGAAACAUGCAGAAGUAAAAAGUGUUACGUUCGACGGUGAGGUCAAGAACGAUUGGGGUGGGGGAUACGAUUAUUUUGGAGAGGCUGGAUAUGGUUAUGGUUAUAACCCUUAUGGAGUGGCGCCACCGCCAUUUUAUCCCUAUCCGCCGUAUGGAGGGUAUGACUACCACUGGUAUGAUCCCGGUCGUCUCAAAAUGAUGCCAUUGCCAGCGCUGCCCCCACCACCAUUGGCGUUACCUUCGUCAUCGCCACCGGUACCACAGCAGUCUCAACCACCACUGCCACUACAAUUACAAUCACAAUCAGUGCCACCACAACCACCAAAAACACCGGCACCACCAAAUCAGGCGCCACGACCACCGCCACCGGCAGCCAAUGCUGCACAGACAAUAGCGAAACCAGCGGCCAAAUCGGAUAAGAAAUCUAAGUGUUGUAUCAUGUAAGGUGCUGAAAUAGGUCUAGGAUAGCUAGACGGCUUAUUGUUCAUUCAUCAUACAAGGAUUUCCCUGAUAAUUAUACCAUGUAAAUUCGGAACUCA